GGAAGUUAUUUGUCUGAUUCAAACACCAUUGCUAUAAUGACUGGGAUUUUGUUGCCGCCACUAUUUAAAAAGUCGUAUCCAAUGUAUUUGAAUUAUGGAGUAAUCGGCAUGUUCAUUGCUCACGAAAUAACUCAUGGAUUCGAUGAUCAAGGUAGGGAGAUGAACAAAUACGGUGACGUAGAGAAUUGGUGGUCGACUGAAACUCUGGAGGCAUUCAAUCGAAAAAAGGAAUGUCUUAUCAAUCAGUAUGGGAACUACACUAUACAAGCACUGGCUAAGACUUAUCACGCCUAUAGGAACUGGGUGACGAAACAAGGGAGAGAAGAGCCAAGAUUGCCGGGGUUAAACUUUACCAACAACCAGCUGUACUUCAUCAGUCAGGCUCAGACCUGGUGCCAGACCAACACAGACGCCCAAACAAUUCUUCUAAUGAACUACGACGUUCACAGUCUCUCGAUAUUCAGGGCCAACGGACCAGCACAAAAUUUCCCCGAGUUUUCUAAAGAGUUCAACUGUCCAGUUGGGUCUUACAUGAAUCCAGUGGACAAGUGUAGUGUGUGGUGAUGUGGUUGUGGACAG